CGGAAAUGGAAUCAUACUCUUCUUCUCACCGCCGUUUAGCUCCAGUGCUGCUACUUUGCUUUUGCCUGCUUUUAGUCGGAGUGAACGGAUCGCGCAAGCUUUACAUAGCAUACCUAGGUGAGAGGAAGCAUGGACACCCAGAUGAUGUUGUUGCUUCUCACCAUGAUACACUGUCAAGCGUUCUUGAAAGUAAAGAAGAUAUUUUAGCUUCCAUCAUUUAUAGUUACAAGCAUGGAUUCUCGGGCUUCGCGGCAAUGCUCACAGAAGAGCAAGCACAGAAACUUGCAGACUUACCGGAAAUCAUCAGUGUGCAACCAAGCAGAAGGUACGAGACGACGACCACGCGAAGCUGGGACUUCGUGGGGCUGAAUUACGAAAUGCCUUCUGAGCUUCUCCACAGAAGCAGAUAUGGAGAUGACGUCAUCAUCGGGGUCAUUGACACAGGAAUUUGGCCGGAGUCAAGAAGCUUCAGCGACGACGGGUACGGGCCGGUGCCAUCACGGUGGAAAGGCGUGUGCCAGGUCGGGCAAGCAUGGGACCGCAACAACUGCAGCCGCAAGAUCAUCGGCGCAAGGUUCUACCACGCGGGCGUGGCCGAGGAGGAACUCAAGAACGACUACCUCUCGCCCCGGGACGCCAACGGCCACGGCACGCACACGGCCUCCACCGCGGCGGGCUCGCUCGUGGAGGCGGCCAGCUUCCACGGCCUCGCCGCGGGCGCCGCGCGGGGCGGCGCUCCCAGGGCCCGCAUCGCUGUGUACAAGUCCGUCUGGGGCAGCGGUCGCGGCGCCGGGGCCGGCAACACGGCCACCGUGCUUGCGGCCAUCGACGACGCCAUCCACGACGGGGUGGACGUCCUGUCGCUCUCCCUCAUCGUGCCGGAGAACUCGUUCGGCGCCCUGCACGCCGUCCAGAAGGGGAUCACCGUCGUGUACGCUGCGGGGAACUGGGGGCCCGCGCCGCAGACCGUUUGGAACACUGCUCCGUGGGUCAUCACCGUCGCGGCGAGCAAGAUUGAUAGGUCGUUCCCGACCGUGAUCACGCUGGGAAACAAGCAACAGAUCGUGGGACAGUCUCUGUACUACGAAGGGAAGAACUCUUCAGGAAGUAGCUUCAGGCUUCUUGCAUAUGGAGGCUUAUGCACUGCUGAUGCGCUGAACGGCACGGACGUGAGGGGGCAAAUUGUGCUGUGUGUAUCUUUCCCGGUAUUGCCGCUCGUGCUUUUCCCGCUCGCGCUGAAGAACGUCCAGGAUCACGGGGCCUCUGGUCUUAUCUUCGCUCAAUAUAGCAUGGACGUUCUCGAUGUGACAGCUGAUUGCAAGGGCAUCGCAUGCGUUCUUGUGGACUUUGCCACCGCGAGCAAGAUCGGCAAAUACAUGCUCGACGCGAGGUCUCCUGAGGCAAAGAUCGAACCAGCGCGCACCGUUACAGGCGAAGAGGCACUGACCCCAAAAGUUGCAGCAUUUUCAUCAAGAGGUCCAUCGAGGGACCUCCCUGAAGUUAUCAAGCCUGACAUAGCAGCACCAGGAGCCAACAUCUUAGCAGCCGUGAGAGACUCCUAUGUACUUUUCUCAGGGACAUCCAUGGCAACACCACAUGUCGCAGGUGUCGUCGCUCUAUUGAAAGCCUUGCACCCAGAUUGGUCAUCAGCUGCAAUAAAAUCAGCCAUCGUCACCACGGCAUCUGUAACUGAUGGGCGCGACAUGCCGAUAAUGGCACAAGGAUUGCCUCGAAAGGUCGCGGACCCAUUUGACUAUGGAGGAGGGCACAUAAACCCUAAUAGGGCCGCUGAUCCUGGCCUGGUUUAUGAUAUUGAUCCGAGUGAUUACAACAAGUUCUUCGGGUGCACCUUCAAAAAAUUCGUAAGCUGCAAUGCAACAACGUUACCUGGGUAUCACCUGAACCUACCAUCCAUCUCCAUUCCAGAUCUCAGGCAACCCAUUACAGUAUCGAGGACGGUUACAAAUGUAGGCGAGGUCGAUGCAGCUUACCACGCCACUUUCCAGAGUCCGCUUGGAGUCAAGAUGGAUGUUCAGCCGUCUAUUCUUGUGUUCAAUGCUUCAAAUAAAGUUAUGACAUUUCAAGUGACGUUAUCACCUCUAUGGAGGUUACAAGGGGACUACACAUUUGGCAGUCUUACAUGGCUCAAUGGUCAAAAGACAGUGCGAAUUCCAAUAGCAGCACGGAUAACGAUUCAUGAUUUCUAUGCGGAUGUUGCGUAACAAGGGCGAAACAUGCCUGCGGUAUUAGGUCAUCUUCAACAGAGAUAGCAUCUGUACCUUUUCUUUCUGCUACAGUAAAAUGCUGCACCGUAUCUCCCUUCAACGGAGGCAAUAUCGAGUAAAUAGUGAUACGGGAGGCAGCUGCCUGGCGGCAUUUUUGCGGCAAGAUACAGCUGUCUCUAUUACUGUUCAUAGUUUAUGCACGUGGGUCCGAGAGGAGAAGGAGAGUAAUGAAAGAUAGGAAAUAAAGUAGCUGUGAGAGAUGUAAGAAAUAAUAGAUAUUGUAAUAGUGUUAAGGGGUACUGUAAUAGUAUUAUAGGGAAUAAAUUUUUAAAAAUUUUGUUGGAGAUGACCUUAUAGUAUUAUCACUUUCUUCUGCGAAGGAAAUAUCUUUUUUUCAUGUAAAAAGUUGCUGGAGUAUGCCGUGUGCGUGUUGUGCCAAUGAACGCUUAAACGGGCUCUAAAGUUUAUCAAGCUAUUUAAGCAUCUAUUAAAUGGUUAUUUCCAUUUUAGGUUGAGGUUCCUAUACAUGUGAUUGGUGAUGUAUCAUUUAUUCCCUCUUUAAGCAUCUGUAUAAGUGUCCUUGCAUUUGUACAUGCCCCUAAUGUCAUCUCAGCCCCGACAAACUGACACCGAGAUCCUCUGCAAGUGGACCCACAUAUCAAUGACUUAAUGUCCUUUGCAGUACUGUAGAGGAACCAUGUCUGACAAACUAGACUUUCCCUCUAGUGAGUAAAGAACUGAAGACUAAGGAUUAUCACCAUAUGACUAAAUCAAAUCU